GCCGGUUGCCCGGGCGAAGGCGACGCCACAGCGGCCUCGGCGCGGACAAAAUGUCGGCGGUCGGCGCGGCCCGGCGGGGCGGGGAUUUGCCCGGGGUGCAGAGAGCGGCCGGCAGCCCGCAGGCGCUGGCGGGGCCCGGCGCGCUGAGCGGAGCAUGGCUGGCCAAGGAAGAGCAGUACAAGCGACUGAAUGCAGAAUUAGAAGCCAAAACAGAAAAACUGGUGCGUCAGGCUGAAGAACUAAUGAAAGGCCAACAGAAGAUACUAUCUCAGCCAGUUUCAGCACAGAGUAAGUCGCCUGAAGAUAACAGACAGAGAGAUCCACUCUGUCCUGAAGUUUCAUCUCUUUCGCACUCACUUGCAAAGGUAGAAAACAAGAAGAAAUUUCCUUCUGUGCCCACAGCUCAGAACAGACCAUACUCUGCAAGUAGGGGAAAAAGAACAACUUCAAGCUCAAAAAUAAGAAAUGUGGAAGUACAAAGUGCUGAUGGUGUUGCAGUACUGGAAGAUUGCAUAGGUUUUUCUUUAACAAAAACAAUUAGCAAAGUUGAAGAAAGACUAAAGAAAGGAGUCUUACCAGACUGUCAAGAUGAUGAUAUUAUUCCAAGGGCUGGAAAUGAAAUGGGAGCAGAAGCUCAAAUCAGAUUUCUUAAGGCAAAGUUACGUGUGAUGCAGGAAGACCUGGCAAAUAUAGUGUUUGAAUGCAGGAAAAAGGAUGAUGAAAGUCAGAAUUUAGGAACUCGGCUUAAAGAUGCUGAAGAAGAAAACUCAAGACUGCAACGAACAAUCAGCCUGCAGCAUUCUCAGAUUGAGAAGUACAAAAUGUUGUCACAAGAAGCAAACAAAAAAACUGAAGGGUUGCAACAAGAGGUCACUGCACUAGAAAAGGAAUUGGAGAGUGUGAAGCGUGCCCAAAAGCAGGCUGCAGCCACUCAGAGUGCAACAGAGGUUCGUUUAAACAGGGCCUUGGAAGAAGUGGAGAAGUAUAAAGCAGAGCUGAAUAAACUGAAGCAAAGCAACAAGGAUGUAGCUAAUCAAGAACUCAAAAUGAUUGAAGAGUUAAAAACAGAAAACAAGAAACUGCAGAAACAAAAAGGAGAGCUAAUUGCAGGUUUUAAAAAGCAGUUAAAGUUAAUUGAUAUUUUAAAGAGACAAAAGAUGCACAUUGAAGCUGCCAAGAUGCUUUCUUUUACCGAAGAAGAAUUCAUGAAAGUUCUUGAGUGGGGAAGUUAUUGAUCCCAUUAAAUAACUUCUGUUUGAAAGAUGAGUCAGAUGGUACAUUAUUUUGAGACUGUAUAUGAGUCCUUGUUAAUAGUUAAUAACUGUAUAUCCCACUGAAUUGAUUUUGUUGAUUUUUCUUAUGUUUAAAUAGUUAAACUUUUGUCAGCCUGAUAGCUUGUGUUGUAAUGUCUUAUGAAACACAAAUUUCUACUUCAUUGUCAGGCCAAGCUGCCCAUUCUGGUAGGAGCAGAGAAGCACAGACCAUGCAAGGAAUAUUCCAACAAGUGAACUUUGUUAUCAGUUUGCUCUGUUCUAGCAUUUAAAACUGUACCUUACCCAUGGUCAUAUUCAGUCCAGGGAAGUCAGGAUUUAGUCUCAGAAAAUUCCUUGUUGCAACAGAAAUAAACUAACCAGUGAUCCAGUUGACAAGAAAAUGUCAUGUCCUUUUUAGAACACGUGGUUGGAAAAUUGGCCUUGUCUGUUCUCUGUAACAGAUCUCCCCUCAAAGCUAGCUGGUCUGGCAUCUAAUUUAAGCACCAACAGCUCUUUUAUAGAAAUGACCAUAACUUGUUUUAGCAAUUACAUCUGAGCGCCCCUGCCUGGUAUAACCAUACAUAAGACUUGCUCCUCAUCACCCAGACAGACUCCACAGUCCCAUGGAGCUGUAUUGUGUAAAACUGUUCCUUCAGUCAAGAUAGAAGUAUUAAACCUUUCCCUGGCCAUCAGCUGCUGCUUUGGGAUACAGGCAGGAGCAAUGACUCCAUAUGUGCCGGUGCUCUACAAGCAUCACAUCCAUAAAAAUUUCAUUAUUCAUCAUUGUAAUCAAUAACUAGAAAACAGAUCAGGGUAGAAGAGCUGAGCCUAUUGUGUGUACAUUAAUGAACAGGAGCAAUACAAGCCUGUGCUGCUUGCAUGAACCUCUGCCACACCUCAGCUAUUUCAAUGGAUUCAUCCCUCAGAAUAAGUGAGGAUGGUACAAAAACAGUCAGUUUAUGCAGUGAAAGAAAGUAGUUCUGACCUCAGGAUGACACAACACAUCUGCUUAGAUCCUACCAGUGAAGUACCUCAGAUCUACCUCGUGGAGAUGAGACACACUGCAUUUGAAUGAGGAUUGUAGUAGUGUAGU